AUGACUAAAUACAGUUCCUCUUUUUUGUUAUUUUUCCUUAUAGAAAAAACUGGGAAGAUCCUGAAAGAUUUCUUCCAGUUCUAUGAAGACCAAUAUGGAGUUGCUCUCUUCAACAGCAUGCGCUAUGAGAUUGAAGGCACGGGGGGACCCCAGGCCCAGCUGCUCUGGAGGAAGGUGCCACUGGAUGAACGGGUCAUCUUCUCUGGGAACCUUUUUCAGUACCUAGAAGACAGCAAGAAAUGGCGGAAUCGCUUUAGCCUUGUGCCACACAACUAUGGGCUUGUGCUCUAUGAAAACAAAUCUGCCUACGAGAGACACACCCCACCCAGAGCCAUCAUCAACAGUGCAGGCUAUAAAAUUCUUACCUCAGUGGAUCACUACCUGGAACUCGUCGGUAACUCUUUACCAGGGCCGGCCCCCAAAUCUGGUACUGCUCCAAUUCUGAAGUGCCCUACCCAGUUCCCCCUGAUCCUCUGGCAUCCGUAUUCUCGCCACUAUUACUUCUGUGUGAUGACAGAGCCUGAGCAGGAGAAGUGGCUGGCUGUGUUCCAGGACUGUGUCCGGCACUGCAACAAUGGCAUUCCAGAGGAUUCCAAGAUAGAGGGUCCAGCAUUCACUGAUGCCAUUCGCAUGUACCGUCAGUCAAAGGAGCAAUAUGGUACCUGGGAGAUGCUCUGUGGAAAUGAAGUGCAGAUCUUGAGCAACCUGGUGAUGGAGGAGCUGGGACCUGAACUGAAGAAUGCUAUAAGCCCCCGGAUGAAAGGCAAACCCCAGGAGAGGCAGAGGCAGUGGAUACAGAUCUCAGAUGCUGUGUACAGGAUGAUCUACGAGCAGACCCAAGCCCACUUUGAGGCCGUGGCCGCCAAGUGUGAGAUGGCCCGGCCAGCCAUGGAGAGCGUCAUCCGCACUGAUAUGGACCAGAUCAUUACCUCCAAAGAGCACUUGGCCAGCAAAAUCCGAGCCUUCAUCCUCCCCAAAGCUGAGGUCUGUGUCCGAAACCACGUGCAGCCGUACAUCUCCUCCAUCCUGGAAGCCUUGAUGGCCCCCACCAGCCAAGGCUUCACUGAGGUUCGAGAUGUCUUCUUCAAGGAGGUCACGGACAUGAACCUGAAUGUCAUCAAUGAAGGAGGGAUUGAUAAGCUUGGAGAGUACAUGGAGAAGCUUUCCCAGCUGGCAUACCACCCGGUCAAGAUGCAGAGCUGUUAUGAGAAGAUGGACCAGCUGAAGCUUGAGGGCCUCCAGCAGCGAUUUGAUGUCUCCAGUGCAUCUGUAUUCAAACAGAGAGCCCAGAUCCACAUGCGGGAGCAAAUGGACAACGCCGUCUAUACCUUUGAGACGCUUCUACACCAGGAGCUGGGGAAGGGUCCCACCAAGGAGGAGCUGUGCAAAUCCAUCCAGCGUAUCCUGGAACGUGUGCUGAAGAAAUACGACUAUGAUAGCAGUACAGUGCGUAAGAAAUUCUUCCGGGAAGCCUUAUUGCAGAUCACCAUCCCAUUCCUGCUGAAGAAACUGGCCCCUACCUGCAAGUCGGAACUCCCCAGGUUCCAGGAAUUGAUCUUUGAAGACUUUGCCAGAUUCAUCCUGGUGGAGAAUACAUAUGAAGAGGUCGUCUUACAGACGGUCAUGAAGGACAUCAUGCAGGCGGUGAAGGAGGCAGCUGUGCAGCGGAAGCAUAACCUGUACAGGGACAGCAUGGUGAUGCACAACAGUGACCCCAAUCUUCACCUGCUGGCGGAGGGCGUCCCCAUUGACUGGGGGGAGGAAUACAGCAGCGGCAGCCCAACGGAGGCUGAUCUGUCUGCUGAGAAACGGCGACGGGCCAAGCAGGUCGUCUCAGUGAUCCAUGAUGAUGAGGCUGGGCUGCCCUAUGAGCCAUGCCCAGAGAUGCUAUCCCCAGGAGUGCCCGAGAAGGAGCCAGUCCCCUACCCUGCAUCCCCGGACAGCGUCAAAGAGCUACGGGGCCUGCUGGCAAAGGAGCUGCGGGUGGAGAGCCCCCAACCCACUGCUGAGCCGCUCACUAAUGGCACAUCCCCUAGAGAGAGCCCCCAACCCCUGGAGUCUGAGGAGAAAGGGGUUGGCCAACAGGUGUCUUCUCUCAACCACAUCCCCCAUGAGCCAGCACCUACUGUCCCAGGCGAGGAGGCCGUCUCACCUCCCACUACUCCCAUCCGACGUCUCCCUUCUGAAGAAGAAGCAGACAGUGAUUGCCCCAAGCCCAGUGACAAGGAGACCGGGGAAGAGGUAUCUGGCCGAGGUAGUAACCCAUACGUCCAAACCACCACAGAAGACAGCACUGGUGUGCAGACUGAAUUUUAGGCCAGAGCCAGGCCUUCCCACCCCAUGGAUUCUGGAUUCCAAUCAGGUGUGUGCCCCAGCUCCCCCGCAGCCCCCAUCUCCAACCCACCUCACCCCAGCAGUAGGCACUCAUCCUGCUGAUCUUUUGGAAUUGGACUCUGACUUUGGAAUAGAAGCAAGCCAGACUGGAUUGGGGUAGGG